UGGCAACACGGUAUUGUUCGACGUCUUCCCAAGACAGUCGCGACUUGGUGGUUUCCAACUGCGGGAGAGUCCGUUAAUGUUUGUCUUUAUUUCUUGUCUUAGUCUAAAAGAAAACAACCGACAAACUUCGGUCGGUGGUAAACAAACAAACAAACAUGAAGAGGAUUUAGAAAGAAGAAUAAACCUGGUAACGUCGAGGGAAGCGAACAAACCACCUCGGAGCGUCGGCGGGCGGGGGGGCGGCUGGAGAUGGGGGAUCCGGAGCCUCCAGAGUUUGGGUCCCUGGAAGAAGAGCUGGAGUACUGGAAGGAGCAGGCUGCCCGGCACCAACAGAGGGCGACCAUCAUGUCUCUGGAGGACUUUGAGCAGCGGAUGAACCAGGUCAUAGAGAGGAACGCCUUCCUGGAGAGCGAGCUGGACGAGAAGGAGAAUCUCCUGGAGUCCGUCCAGAGGCUGAAGGACGAGGCCCGAGACCUGAGGCAGGAGCUCGCGGUGCAGCAGAAACAGCAGGUUCAGGACAGGAAGCCGUCCCUCAGCAGCAGCGCAGUCAAAGAGCCUUCCUCCUCCUCCUCCUCGUCGUUGGCUGGUUUACCCACCCCCCCGCUCACCCCUCCGGACAAAAGAACAGAGGAUAAAACCCUGUCUUCCUCCUCUAACCAGCCCGCCCCCUCCACCGCCGCUGCCACCACGCCAUCCAGACCUCCGGCCUCAGCAGAGUCCUUCGCCACCCCGCCGCCCUCCGUCAGCAGAGGUGAAAGCCUCUCAGGGACUCCUCUCACCACGUCAGCCAGAAUCUCAGCUCUCAACAUUGUUGGAGAGCUGCUGAGAAAAGUCGGGAAUCUGGAGUCCAAGCUGGCGUCGUGUCGGGAGUACGUCCACGAGCAGACAUCGACCCGCAGAGGUCACGCUGGUGGACCGGGGUCGGCGUCGGCGGCUUCGAGCAACCCCUCAGAGACCCAUCCUACUAACGGCCUCUACAACAAGGGGCUGGUGAAGAGGUUAGAGUUCGGAGCCGCACCCAAGCUGCUGCUGUGAGAGUGAAAGCUGCUCCACCUCGACCCCAUCGUCCUCCAAGCUGCUCGUCCCCUUCCUGUCCAUCCAGCCUGGACCUCCCAGACCAUUAACGGUACUGUGUGCUCGCGCUGGGAGCUGCGGCGAUGGAUAAUAAUAAUGGAUGGAUACUUGGGGAUGUAGCUCUGUUUAUUAGCACCACUUCUUUUCAGCACUCGCACUUAGCUUGAACUAACUUAACUGGACUUGUGCUGCAUGUCACCACCUCACCUUCUUUGGUUUUGUGUGCCAAGAGUAUUUUUUUGUCUCUUUUUUUGCUCAGAAAGUGUGUUAAGACUGAACAUGAAGUGAAUUUCUGCAGCCAUAGAGUCUCUCGUGCAGAAUGUUGAGUCAGACGUCACCAAACUAGUUAUUUCAUUGUCAGUGGAACAAGUUGUUUUAGAUUUAUAAUGAAUUACAGAAAGAAACAUCAAAAUAUUGCAGUUGUUUUAGAAAUAAGACAUUUUAGGCCAAACAAAGCCUUCUAAAUGCUGGAGGGACUGUUUAACAAUUAACAGUAAUUACAGCUAGCUAGCUAAUAACUAUAAACACAGCCUAUAAGCUAACACACAAAACACAUGAAUGGACUAAAGUUUUAUCGUCUUUAAAGGCUCCCGAGGUGGAUCUUUAAAGCUUCAUGGAUGCGUUAACACAGAUUCAGUUUAGAUAUUGAAUCUGUGUAAACGGAGUCAUUCAGUGGAGAGAGAAAGUUAAACAGUCCAGGACAUUUUCCAGGAGUUCAUGAUCAGGUGGGUAGGUCAACGUUUUCACUGCGGUCUCAUAACAUUAUGGCCUCAACCCAGAAGAAACAGUUCAAAUCAAGCAGAAUUGAUCUUGUUUUUACAGAUUUCCAGGAUUCUUGUUCAUUUUAAAUCAAAUUCUAGGUGUUUCAAUGACUGGAAAAUCAGUCAAUUAGUGAAAUUUACAGGUAUUCCAGGUAUUCUAGGAUUUGUGGGAACUCUGCUCCGUCUAUUAAAAACACCUCAGCAGUCAAACCAAAGUGAAAAUGUGCUUCAUGUUUAGUCUGAACACAUCUUAAAGUGAGUGCUGAACACUGGAAGGGAAGCUUUUAUCUCCAGCAGAGGGUUUCUGAUCCACCGAGGAUCUGCUUUUAUACAACAUGGCCCCGGAGAGAACACACACUGGAGUCCGGAUAGUUUCAGAUUACAGAUCGAUUCGUUUAACAAAAGACAGAAAACUUGGUGAAUGGAUGAAUGGGAUUGGCUGAGACUCCUGUCAAUCAAGCGAACACGGUUUAAAAACAGGUUUUAAUGAGCUGUGACUUUUGCUUUAUAAGUGGGAGAAAUGUUACUCUGCCUUUCAGAAGCGACACCUUGUGGCCGUCAGCGGUUCUGCCUCUUAAAGCUGCCUUCAUUAAUUAAUGUUGUAAUAAUAAAUCACAUGAGAGUAUUGAUCGCCUUCUCUGGAGCUCCAUGUAGCUUUUAGACCCUGAAGGAAUGAAGGAAAUGUUUUAUUAUCAGUGCUUUCUCUGUCCGUAUUGAACCCGUUAAUGUCUGUAAUGGAAACUUCUAGAAUUUAAUAACUGCUUCUGUUUUCCUGUUGUCGUUUGUCUUUGUUGUCCUGAUCCGAGUCCUUUGAUAUUUGGCAUCAGAAUCUGAUCCAAUACUGAAACUAAAACGGGACUCAAGCACAAAUGAGAUGAGAUGGAACUCCAAAACCAUUUGUGUCAAAUGAGCUCAAAGUGAAAACAUAGAUAUAUAUAAAUAUCAAAUAAUCACAGCUUUAGCACACAUUAUUUUUUCAGAUCAAAGUGGAUCCAAAAACUGCAAAGCUACUCCAUUGAUUUUAAUAACUUUAAUAUAGUUUAAGUGUGCAGCUGUAUUAUGUAGAUAAAGUCAGGGUGGCUGCUGUGGAACGACGUUAGCGUUCCCCGUUGUGAGUCCGAACCCUGAACUAUAACUCUCUAAAACAACUGGCUCUAAAACAUGAGCCUGAUUGUCCUUUAAAAACAGAAUAACCUCAAACUUCCACGGGGAACUGCUUCAUAACAUCACAAGCGUCUUAAAAUCCCACUGAGAGCGUUUCUCCACUUAAAACGUCGAACCUGCCUCUGACUGACUCUGGUCCGAUGCCACAAUGUUGAUGUUGCAUGAAAAUUGAUUUAGAGUCUGCAGGCGGUAUUUUAUUUUGAAAAUUGACCGUAUUCUGUGUCCUGUUUGUCUGUGUCUGACUUCCUGCUCUGUGCUGCUCUGCUCGGUGAGUCGUGGCUUCUUUUAAAAAUAGACCAGCUGUUUAUUCCUCUGGUGGAAUUGAAAGCGUUGCUUAGAGCCGGAGCACAUCGCUGGAACCGGAGGGUUAUAUGUGACUUCUAUCAGCAGCCACUCAAUAUUAUGACUGGGAUCAGAGUACAGGAAACAGUUCACAUUCAUGAACCCUUCAGCGCCACCAUCAGGACAAACUUGUUAAAAGCUCUCAGAAUAUAAAAUAAUCAUCAAUAAUCGUUGAACCUUCUGUCCAGGACUUUGAUUUAUUAUGUGAUGAAUUUGAAGCCUUUGAAUCUUGUUCCACCUUCAGACUGCGGAGACGCUCUCUUUUAACCUGAAUCCCUCCGCGGAGCUCUACUUCUGUCUCUGCAGGAGUGAAAUACGUCUCCUGUUAGUGAGGAGAUAUGAAUACUUCAGUGAAGGCUACUCGUGUUUUAUGUUAAAAAGAAACAAAAACCGUAUGUUAUAGGUUGUAGUGUGAUAUACUGUACUUCUACUGUAGGGUCACUAACGUAGGUCGAGUCUGUAGGUUGCGGGUCUGUUGAGUUGAAGGGUCAAAGGUCAGUGUGAACGCAGACGAUGAGCUUUGGUGUGUUUUUCUGCCUUAUGUGACUCUGUAAGAGUAGCUAACACGCUCACAUACAAAGUGCUCAGACCUGUUGUGCUCUUUGUUUACCUUCAGUGCUGCUUAUGUUUCUGAAAAUGCAAUAAAACUUGAAAUGUGAAAA